CUCUCCGCGGCUCACAGCUGAGCGGUGUAUAGAGGCGGCCAGUCCGUGGACAGGGUGGACUAGUAGCGAGUGAGCGCUCGUCGAGCGAGCGUCGUUGCGUCGUUGCGUCGUCGAGCGAUAAUGACGUCUCGUGGUCGACGGUCAACCGCCGGAUCUUUGAGUAUCGUGUGUACAAGCGCGUGGUGAACCGACAGGACGCGGCGCGCGUCUAUCGCGGCUCGGCACACAGUUCGCGUCCCGCUGGGAAAAAGUGAGUGUCGCCGCGCCGAUCGUCGAGUCGUCGGACACGGUGGCAGCGUCUUGGGACCCGCAGUGGAGACCACAACGCUCGGAUCCAGAGGGAGGAUCGGUCAGCGUUUAGAUCGGUUCGGAGGAUCGUUGCUCGACGCUCGGAGCGUUCGAUCGGAGUUUACCGGAUCGAUCGACGAUAGGGGAUCGGGCGUUCGAGAGUUUAGGGGAUCGGCCAAGGUCGAGAUCGAUCGCUCAGAGGAUUGAUCAACAGUCACCGGAGCGUCAGCUGUUAUCGCGAUCGAUGAGUUGUCACCACUGCCGCCCUCCUCGUCGCGUCUCGCGCUUCUGCCCGCUGUUUCCGGUCGUUCGUUCUUCAGGGGAAACUGAGGUGACCGAGGGAGGAAGAGGUUGGAGGAAGGGACAAGGAGAAGGAGCAAGGAGCGUCUCCUCGGUGUUCGCCAAGCGUCCCAGCUUCUUUGAGAGGGGGAGUCCGAGAUCGAGAUCGAAGCGCGCGCGCCCGUCCGCGCGAAAUUCGCUCGGUACAAAGGACGUUGCUGGAAAGGACCUGGACAGGAGGAUCCUCCGCUAAAGUGUGUAGUGUGAAAGUGAGGUGGCGGCGAGUUUACCUCGGGCCCAGGAGACGAAAAUGGUGCCGCAACAGCAAGACAGCCCCUCCAGUUCGGGGAUACCUAUGUUCGGAUCGUUGCUCGUGGAUAAAAAUUCGACGACACCCUAUUCGGACGCUACGCAGACGAAGAAGAACAACCCGAACCACAUAAAGAGGCCGAUGAACGCGUUCAUGGUGUGGUCGCAGAUCGAGCGGCGGAAGAUAUGCGAGAUCCAGCCGGACAUGCACAACGCAGAGAUCAGCAAGCGGCUGGGCAGGCGAUGGAAAACGCUGGACGAGGCGGAGAGGCGGCCGUUCAUCGAGGAGGCCGAGAGGCUGAGGCAGCUGCACAUGAUGGAGUACCCGGACUACAAGUACCGGCCCAGGAAGAAGACCUCGAAGCCGGCCGCCUCCGCGAGCCCGAAAUCGAAGGAGGGCGGUACAAAGAAACCGAGGAAAUCGUUGUCGUCCGCGUCGAGCGUGGCCCCGUCGUCGGCUCUCGGUCUAUCCCCGACGAAAGGUCUGGGUCAGCCGCGCAACGACACCAACAACAAUAUGCAAACGAACGGUGCUGGUGGUGGUGGUGGUGGUGGUAGUGGUGGUACUGGUAGUGCUAGUGGUGGUGCUGCCGCCGCUGCCGGUGUCACCGGAGGCGGCGCGAUGGUGGUCGGAGCGACGGUGAAGAGAUUGCAGCCGCAAUCGAACGGUGGCAAGCCAAUCUCCCGGCUGAAGGUCAGAUUGGCGCUGGACAAGAGACCUCCGCUCGAUUACACCCCUACCCCUCCCAUCGUCACCGCCAAGAUACCGAGCAGUCCUUCCUGCGUCGCGCCCGACUCGCCGGAGUCGGCCAGCUUCUACGAAGACAGUUUCCUCGAUUGCUCCGUGAGGCUGACCGCCGGCGCGUCCACCUCCAGCCGCGCCUCGUCCCGUUCGAUCGCGAACGAGAUCAGCGAUAUCAAGCGGGAGACCGACCUCGAGAUGGAGUACGAGACGACCUUCGAGCCGAAAGACCGGCUGCUCUCGUCGGUGGGCCGGCCGAUCGGGCCGGACGCCACAGCGACCGGCUCCGGCAGCAUCGGCAGCAACGUCGCGUUCCCUUCCUCCGUCGAGGAGCUGAUCUCGGAGAGGAGUUUUCGGGGCAGAUGCCAGCUGGACCGUUGCUCGAGCUUCCUGGUCAAGGAGGAACCGGUCGAGCCCGAAGCGGACAUGGACAUGGGACCGGAACCGGACGAUCCCGAGCAGGAUUCCGAGGCUCUGACGCCGGUAUCGUUGGCCGACCGGUCGAGGCCCUCGUCGAGCAACGCUUCCGGGAUACCCUCGAUGUCCAGGAGCUCGAUGGACGACGGCUGCUCGAUCGGCGCGACGACGACGGCCACCACCACCGUCGUCUCCGCCGCGUCGCUGGUGAAGCUGGAGGAGUCGCAGAACAAUCCCAGUCUAGCCGAUCUCUACUCGCUGACGGACCUGCUGCAGAUACAGCCGUCCGACUUCAAGAUCGACCUCGACAUGGAGACGAUCACCACCGACCUGGACACCUUCGAGACCGCCAGCUCGAGCAGCGGAUCGCACUUCGAGUUCUCCUGCACGCCAGACGUAACGGACAUGCUGUCGACGAUCGGCGUCGGCAACGAUUGGGUCACCUUCUGAGGAACGGGCGGCGAGGAUCGGUUCGCGUGCGCCGGGACGCGACAGUUUUCUAUACGCGUGGCGUCUCGAUUAACCGGGUAACUCUACUAGAUCUCGAUCGUUCAGGGUCUUGGCUGGAUUGGUGCUCGAUCGAUCGUUCGCGGUGGUUCGAGGAGGCGGUCGAGUCGGUUCGCUCCGCGGGAUGCGACGCGUUCGAUCGCGAAUAACGGAUUUUACUUGUAUCGUUACGGGUGUAGCUUUAACCUACCGAACACGCGGAAUCGUUGCGGUUGUUGUCGUAUCGCGACGUCCGCGGAACCAAUAGGAUCAUUCGUUAUUCCCGGUCGCCUUUGACGAUGGAAGUUCGAGGAAUUCGGGAGCCGAUCGAGCCGACGGGGAUCAUGUAUUAUAGAAUCGAAUUCGACGAACAGAUUUUCCAGAAUUAUCAUCUCGAGAUCGACCUGGGCCAGUCGCCCGUGAACGGAGCCGGUUAAUCGAGGCUCCACGAUGCUCUGUUUAAAGUUUCGAUCUCGAUUCUGCCCUCUUUCUACUCGUUUUGUACCUAGAUGAACCGUGACGAGGAGUAUCGAGCUUCGGUAACGACGCGAGCCUCUUUGUACAUCUACUGUAGCAUAUUAGGAUUACUAUUUUUUUCUACUCUAUUAACUAGGCUUAAGGUUAACCCGAUCGUGCAACGAACGAUCGUCGCGAACGCGUCUCGCCUCGUUCCACGACCAUUCGUUCUUCGAUGUGUAUAUCCGUAGAAACAUGUGUAGUAAUAUAUACAUUAUACGUACAUAUAUCCAUGCAUAUACAUGCUUACACACACAUAUACAUACAUACGUACACACAAACACACACGUACAGACACGUGGACGAACACAUUCACGCGUAUACGCACGCGUGCGUUCAUAAAUCGAUAGAAGAGUUGGCGUUAAGCCGAGACAUCAACGCAACGCCUCGUGGACCCGUGGGUUAAGGCUUGAUUCACACCGACGGACAACCGUGCGGUCGGAGCAGGAUCAAGGAUUUCGUAUUCAACGACCGAGAGUAAUCUAAUAUUCGCGGUAAAUGUUUCUUUCGGUUCUGUACGAUCGAGAAAGAAAUGUCUUCUAAUGCACUUACUCUAAACGAAACGGUUCGGUUUGGAACCGAGGAUUUCAUUUCAGGAAGACAUCUUUCGUUCGAAUGUCGUAUUUUUCACUUGACUAUCUCUUCAUUUUCAAGGUUAUCGAUUCAUGUGUUUCCAAGGUUACUCAUUCAUCUCUUUAACCGUUUCAGUGCCAAACAUUUGUCGCGUUCAAUCAAAUGACUGAGAGUCGCCUCUCGAGUGCAAACGGUUCAACACUGUGACGAAGACGCGAUCGCACUUGGCACUCGAACGGUUAAAUAAUCAGUCGGUCAUCUGCUCGAAGUUAUUCGUAUCUUAACACUAUGCCGUCCGCACGCGCUAUGAGGAUUCUUUAGUUUGCCUCCGGUAGGACUCGUUCAAAUCUUUCCACCUUUUCGCGUGAUAAAACGUCAUGUUUCACUAAUCUCAGUAGUUCUCAGUCUUGUCCCUUUUCACAGAAUUUCAAACCAUACAGUUUCUUGUAAAAAACACGAAACUUGAUAAUAUGAUCGUAUUGCAGCCUGCAACUUGUUGCCUUGAACAGAACGUAAACAACAAUGUUGCGUGAUAGCUUUGCACGCGACAUUAACGUGCUGCCACCGACGUUUGUCUGAAAAUUUCUCAUCAACGUGGUGCCACCGACAUUUGUCUGAAAAUUGUUCACCAACGCGAAGGCGCCACUUGUCUGAAAAUUCCUCACCAACACAAAGGCACCACCGGACGGCAUAUCGUUAAGCCGAUGAUCAUUCCCCCGACUCGACCGCACAGUUGACCGCCAUUGUGAAUCAGGCGUGAACUGUUUCGCCCCGAAUUCGCGAGCAUCUUUCUUCCGUGUGGGAAGCGGCACGGCGAAAGCACGAGCCACGCGACAUCGGCCGCG